AUGUCCGUGUUUUUGAUUUUAGCCAUCGAUCGCGGGAGCAUGACAGCAGCAGAGGCCGACGAGAUCGUCAAUCCUGCAGUCAAAAACAAGGCUCGCGGGGUCGUGGGCGUUGAUAUCUGCGGUAACCCAACCAAAGGCAAUAUCAGCAUCUACAAAGAAUCAUUUGCGAAGGCCAAAGCCAAUGGGCUAGGAAUCACCCUCCACUUUGCCGAGACAGCAGCUUCGGCUUCAGUUAGCGAACUGUCGACCCUUCUAUCUUUCCAGCCUGAUCGACUGGGACAUGUCAUCCAUGUGCCUGACGAGAUCAAGAAGGAGAUUGCGCGACGUCAGCUCGGUCUCGAGCUGUGCAUUUCUUGCAAUGUUCAUUCAAAACUGAUUGAUGGCGGAUUUAUGGAUCACCAUUUCGGUUAUUGGCGACAUGAUGACUGCCCGAUCGCGCUAUGUACCGACGAUGUGGGGUUUUUCUGUAGCCCCGUUUCCAACGAGUACUUGUUGGCCGCACAGCACUUCGGUUUGAGUCGGACUGAUCUGUUGGACAUGUGCAAUAAGUCUGCAGAUACAAUUUUUGCUAACGCGGAGGAAGAAAGAUUCAUAAUCGACCAGACCCAGAUUGAUGAGCACAUCGAAGAGCUUUCACGGCAGCUUUUGUCCUGCGAAAGUGUUUUCGCUUGGGUACAGGCAUGGAACAGCUACUUCGGCCGCUUCUUCGCCAACAACUUUGCAAAACCAGCCAUUUGCUUUGGUCGAGACCAUAUCGACAUGGCCAAUUCUACCCUGAGCCGCAUCGAACGCACACUUUUCAACAAAGCCUCAGAUAGUGCAAGUCCUUCAGAUGAAAUCAGUGGCGUCACCGACCAUCUACGCACUGUGAUCGCAGAUCGGUUCGACAUCCAAGAUCUACCUGAUGGAUUCUUCUAUUAUCCCAUUGAACUAGGCGGCAUGGGACUCCUCAAUCCGUUCAUUAGACUGCUCGCCAUUCGUGAAAGCAUCAAACAGACCCCCCGAAAGCUACUGCACAAGGCCUCGCUAAAGGAUGAAAAAGAAUACGAGGCAGCGAAGGAAAGGUUCAAGAAGAGAGGCGCUGAUGUAAGCAGCCAGUUUUGGAGCAAAUGGAACGGCGAAUCCAUGCCAUUCAUUCAUGUCUCUGGAAGAGUACACCCGCUAUCCGGAAACAUUCAGUCCCUCUCUUGUGGAUGUGUAUAA